AUGUUAAAGCACUUAUACACAUCCUUGAGAGAUUCUGCCGAGGAGAGACAGGACGCGACAUUGCUCAAGGACGAAAAACACCUUCCACUAUACCUUGAGACGGACCGAUUUACGCUCUGGAUAAGACGGGUGUCAUAUGCGGCAUGUGCAGCACUUUUCACAACUUGUGCUGCUAUUUUGAUUGUAUGGUCCUUGGCAGCGACCCAGGGCGAUGCGACGUGGACGAGUUGCGGUAGAUCUCCUGAAGUCGCGAGGAUGAACGGAUGUAAUUAUCAUCCCAUGCUGUCUGCAUGGAUUCCUCCUGAAUGUUCCACCCUUGAACUGAUGGAAGGUUACGACCCAUAUGCCGAAGGGGAAUGGUAUUUGGACGACAACUCGAUGCAGCCAGCAGACAGAGACAUGUUACGAGCUGGUGAAGUUCGGUUCGUUUACACGGCGAAUGCAUUCCACGUUCAACAUUGUACCUACGCAUGGAAGGUACUGUCGUGGGCUGUUGAGAACCGAAGAUCGCUGAUUAACAUACAGCUCUGGUAA